AGCACGCCUAACAGUAGUAUAUGGACGGCGGAGUUUACUAUAAAUAAGUAUCAUUUGGCAUCUUGUCCUGUAUAUAUUCUUCUGAACGUGUCGCUGUUUUCUUUGGCAUUUGUGUAUCUGUUCGCAAAUAAUUUAGAAACAAGACGAUUAAAAUGGCGGCUACAAUCAAGCUCUAUACGAACCACGCUUGCCCUUGGGCUCAUCGUGCUCAUAUUGCUCUUGCAGAGCUUGGUCUCCCGUUUGAGGAGGAAAUUAUUGACCUGUCUGUCCCGCGCACUGCCGAGUACCUGGCCAUUAACCCCCGCGGCCUAGUUCCAAGCCUGUCUUAUAAUGGGGAAAUAAUUACCGAAUCUGCUGUUGUAUCUCAAUUCCUCAUCGAUGCAUACCCUUCUCACCUUGUACCGACAGCUGGAUCACCGGAUGCUGCGCUUCAGCGCGCUCGUAUUAACUUCUUCGUUGAUACCUACUUUACUAAGGUUAAUAGCCUAAGCACAAAGUUCGUUCUUGCCAAGACGGACGCCGAGGCUGAAGAAGUCGCCGCCGAGUUUGUGAAACAGCUUACCAAGGAGGUCGAGCCGCUUCUGGCCGAUGCAGCCCCGUACUUUGGAGGAAGCAAGACCUUGACACUGGCUGAGGUUUUUAAAUGUUCUUGUAUGAAAGGAUGUUCAAUCUUCUAACUUUAUAACAGGUUCUCACCGGCUCAUUCUUGCUGAGACUGUUCUCGCUGCCCAAGCACGGCGUCGUGCCAGAGAGCCUCGUCAAGGACUUACCCACCAAGGCGCCCAACUUUUACAAGUGGGCAUCCAAGGUUAUUGUGCACCCUAGCGUGACAGGUAUCUGGAACGAGGAGAAGGUAGUUGCUGCAACAAAGGCCCGUUUGGAGAAGCUCAAAGCGCAAGCUUGAGACAGGGAUUAGAUAAUUACGCUCGCUCUUUUAAUGGAAUUGAUUACGGUUUAUUCAGCCACCUU